GCAGAGUGUUAGUCGCGUCCCCGUGGCUGUUGUGUGCAGGUGUGUAGCGCUCUCCGCCCGCCAGUCACACGCGAAGCACAGCUCGACACAACACUGGACGCUUGAGAGAGAUGGGAGACCUGUUCGGCAGAAUCUCAAGGGCGCGAGGCAGAACGACUGACGAAGGAGGUGGAGGUGGAAGAAGAAGAGGCAGAGGAAGAGGAGGAGGAGGAGAAAGAGGAGAAGGAGGAGAUCGUUCUGAAUCGCCUGAAAUUGACCGAUAUGUUGAAAGUCUCUUUUUUACAAUGGUUCACCCAGAUAAGAAGAGAGGAGGAGGGAGACCAGAAGAAGAGAAGGAUGAGGAGGAUAUCUUUGUCUCCCCUCCUCCUACACCUCCCGCGGGGCUCUCUAACACCCCCAGGAGACGUAAUGGACACUCCUCAGUCCCCACGGUGUCAUCCUCUUUACCUAACACUGCUAAUCCUUACACUCCUCCUCCUCCCACUUCGCCUUAUUUCACCACGCCUCCUGUGUCGCCCCCGCACUCUGACACAACGUCUCUGCCCUCCCCGCCUACUACUGCAUCCGUGUCCUCGCCGCGCCCUCCUCCUCUCCUUCCUGCCCAGAGAGUGUCAUUAGCGCAGUCCAUCUCCUUUGACUCUCCUACACCGAAUUCUCCUCCCAAUCCUUCGCGUCGUUCAGUGCCUCGUUCCCUCCCCGUCAAAAGGCCGCCCUCCUCCUCGCCGCAGAAGUUCUCCAUCCUCUCCGUGGCUAAUCUGAAGGAGGCGCUGAAGGAUGAUUUAGAGAAGAGAAGGGACAAGAAUGGUGUGAUGGCGGAUACUCAAGACUCCAUUUCACUUCAGAAGCAGCGACAGGAGCAGAAAUGGAUUCCUCGGGCGGGAAUGUCAGUGCCGACGUCAAGAAAAGGGUCCGUGUCAGGGGAAAGUCUCUACCAUGAGCUGACGGACUUCAUCACCAGGGCUCAGGACAACCCCAAGGGCCUCACCUCCCAUGACCACAUCGCCAGGACUCUCUUUCAGUUGGCUCGUAAUGGCGACAGCGUGCUACUCCAAGCGGCUUUGUCACGCCUCGGGGAGCAAGGGCGGCGACGUAUCAACCACCCAGACAAGGAUAAACUCACGCCCCUGCACUACGCCGCCCGCUACGCCCACGCCGACACUGUCAAGACCCUUAUACAUGCUGGCGCGAGGGUCAACAUACAGGGGCAAGAUGACCUGACCCCGCUCCACCUGGCGGCAAGGUACCGCAAGCAGAUUAAGCCAAACAAGAAGCUGACUCCUACCUCACCCCCAGCUGAAGAGGAGGAGGAGGAGGAGGAGGAAGAGGAGAAGCAGGAAGAGGAGCAGGAGGAGGUGGAGGAGCAGGAGCAGGAGCAGGAGGAGGAGGAGGAGGAGGCAGCAGAGGAAGGCAAUGAGGAGGAAGACAAGGAGGUUGUGGAAGCGAAUGGCUUGUUGGAAUAUGAGGAGAAUGAAAAGAAUACAUUACAAGGCUUUCACUCAAGUCUGGAGGCUUUGUCGAAGGACUCAGUGAUCAGGAUACUGGUGGAGUGUGGGGCGAAGGUCAAUGCCUUGGAUGUGUAUGGCCAGACACCCCUCCACUACGCAGCAAUGAGAGGCAACGACCCGGCAGCCAGGGACCUCAUCGCUUGCCCCGAAGUGAUGCUUGAGGCCAAAGACAAACAAUUGAUGACACCACUGUUUGUCGCCGCCACAUUUGGUAACUUCACAAUCUGCAAGGCUCUCAUUGAUGCCGGGGCGAGUUUCUUCUGCAAGGAUGAGUCGGAGCAGAUGGCCCUUCACCGCGCUUCAAUGGAAGGUCACCUGGAUAUAGUUGAGUUACUCCUGAGCUCAGCGACGAAGCUUGGAGGUGCUGGCAUGGUGGAGAAGCUUGUGGGGGACCAGGACGAUGAGGGACAGACCUGCCUGCACCACGCUGUCAACAACGGACACUACGAGGUAGCCAAGCGCCUCAUACAGGCCGGGGCGGAUGUCAACACAGUGCGGGACUCCCUCACCACACCCCUGCACGCCGCCGCUGCCAUUGGACACACUGAACUUAUUGAACUUCUGCUGCAGAACCACGCUCGGCUGGACUGCAUCGACAGCUACCAGCAGACGCCCCUCCACAAGGCUGCUAUCUAUAACCAGCCGGCUGCCAUCACCACCCUCCUGGCAGCUGGCGCCAAGAUAGAGAGGCGAGACAAGGACUCCUUCACCCCACUGCUGCUGGCGGCGAGUGGUGGGCAUGCAGAUGCUCUUCAGACACUCUUAGACAACGAUGCCGACAUAGAGGCUGUGGACAAGGAUGACAAGACUGCUGUGUUCUGGUGUGCUGAGCAGGGCAACUGUGAGGCACUGGAGGUCCUCUUGAAUGACCCUCGGUGUGCAGACCUGGUGGACGAGAGUGACCGCUAUGACAACUCUCCCCUGCACGAGGCAGCACGGCGCGGGUACUACAAGAUCAUUGACAAGCUGCUGGCGGCCGGCUCCCGCGUUGACAACAAGAAUGAGGAUGAGGAAACAGCCCUUCAUGUGGCAGCUGAAGCAGGACAGGUCAAGGUGGUGCGUGAGUUGGUGAAGCACUACCACUACCUGGCCAAAGAUGAGAAUGAGAACUCUGACACCCCGCUGCACCUGGCCUGCCUCCAGGGACACACGGACGUGGUGCGGGCGCUGCUGGAGGCCGGGGCGGAUGUAGAUGCCAGGAACUCCUCCCUGUGGACACCCUUGGACUGUGCCUCAGAGGGACAUGUCUUCUGCGUCCAUGAGCUGCUGGAUUUUGACUCACCUCUUGACCCCAUUGACAAGACCAAGACAACUCCACUACAGCUGGCCGCCAAGGAGGGCCACGUGGCUGUCACUCGGCUGUUGCUGGAGCGCGGUGCUUCCCUCCAGGCCUGCGACACAUCAGGGAGGAACGCACUAGAGUUGGCUAUUGCUGCGGGGAAAAAAGAUGUGUGUAUGACCAUCGUGAAGUCCUCUGACUGGGAGACGGCUCUGAGGAACGUGAGAACAGAUUACAAGGGCUGCCGUGUGACUCCCUUCAGGAUGCUCAUCAAGAAGUUCCCUGAUGUGGCGGAGGCUGUGCUGAAUAGGUGCACCAAAUCAAACGGAAUGGACUCGGAUGAUGAACGUUAUGCAAUGCUCUUCAAAUUCGAUCUGGUGGACGACAACUACAUCAUGUCCAACAAUGGCUCCGACACAGACUCCAUCUCCUCCAUCAGCAGCAUGGAGACGCCCUAUGAUGAGGAUGGCAGGGUGCUGGAGGACGCCAAGCUGUACACCUCAGAUUUCCGGGACCUCAAGAAGAACCACCCUCUAAUGUUGAUGGUGAAGUAUAAACGCCUGAAUCUUCUCAACCAUCCUGUGUCCAUUUCACUGGUGAAGCACAAGUGGAUGAGCUAUGGAAGAUUUGUGUAUUACUCAACGCUGGUCUUCUACAGUAUCUUCCUCACCUUCCUCACCGGAUAUGUUCUCACCGCCAAGGACUGGGCGUGGGUGGAGGUCCAGCUCCGUGACGUGUCCAACGGUCAAAUCCUUGGCCAGGAGGCCAUGGCGUCUGGCUCCUGUGAGGACAUCAAGGACAAGGUUGAUCUGACGAGCCACGGCUUUGUAGUGGCUGGAAAGUGGGUAAUUGUUGUCAUGGCUGCUAUCAAUAUCCUGCGGGAGAUAUUUCAGAUCUACCAGGCACGGCUUAAUUACAUUGGCUUGGAGAACCUGAUGGAGUGGUGCUGCUACAUCACUGCCUUCCUGCUUGUGUGGGAUUUCACCAACUGUCCUGUGAGAGAGAAGUGGCAGUGGCAGGUUGGGACAGCCUCCAUCUUCCUGGCAUGGAUGAACCUGCUGCUCUUCAUCCGCAAGCUUCCAUUCCUGGGUAUCUACGUGGUCAUGUUCACCGACGUGUUCGCCACCUUCCUGCGCUUCUUCACAGUCUUCGUGCUCUUCCUCAUCGCGUUUGGUCUCUGCUUCUUCAUGGUGUUGAGGGACCAGCCUCCCUUCGGCUCCCUGCCAAGGUCUCUGCUCAAGACAAGUGUGAUGACCAUCGGAGAGUUUGAAUACGACUCGAUAUUUAACGACAUGGACCAAACCCUUCCAUACCCCGAGGUGACAUACAUUGUGUUUGUGACGUUCCUGGCCCUCAUGUCAAUCCUCAUCAUGAACCUGCUAGUGGGUCUGGCUGUGGAUGACAUCAAGGCUGUGCAGGACCAGGCCAUCCUUAAGAGACUGGCCAUGCAAACUCAGCUGGUUCUUGAUGUUGAAGUCUUCAUUCCCGAUGCCCUGCGGAGAAUGUACACUACGUCCAAGAAGGAAGUGCAUCCCAACGCUCGCCACGGCCUCUUAUCUAAGAAAUUUGGGGACUUCCAAGUGCUGAAGAGCUUUGAGGUGGUGUCCGAUGGGGAGAUGAGCGAGCAGGAGUCAAUGAGGCAAGACCUGACGCAGCUGAAGGCCAUGGUGGAAAGUUUACGCUCUCAGAACCAGCGCCUCCACUCCCUCCUGGUGGUGCUAACGUCCAUGACCAAGGGUGACAGCAGCAGUGCUAAGGAGACUGACUUGGCCAAGCUCAUGUGGUGAAAGAUAUGCAGCAUCUCUCUUCUGUAAUGGAUGCUAGAAUUGUGGGUUGUCUCUGCUUGACUUGAUGGGAAAGGUCCCAGUGACAAGUGGCCUGACACUGACAAGAUACAACACUCAGAUAUUUUCAUAAGUUUUCACAGUUUGUAAGUACGUGCAUCAUGUAGGCAGCCUUGUAGAGUCUGUUAGAAUAGCAUUGUGGUUGGGUUAAGUAUAGUACCACUAGCCCUAGUGUAGAACUAAUGAUAAACUGACAGUACAUAUACUCACACUCUACUCUCAGUCACUACACUAAUCUAAACUAACCUAACCCUGCUGAACAAUUAUCAUCCCAUAGCUGGAUUAUGAAAGUGGUGUAAUCCUUUCCUGUCUCAUGCACUCCACCACAUGUCUCAUGCACUCCACCACAAGGCAAAACAGACUCUGGAUGAAGGAAACUCAGGUACUUCCAGCCGUCCCAUACCUUGCUUUGCCACACGAUCAAAUCCAUCUCACUCAUUCACAGGAAGUUAAUAGACAUGAAUUAAGAAAUAUUUUACCACCAACUAUAUCAUCACACACUAUAAACACACACACACACACACACACAUGAAAAUGUUCAUAUAUUUAAGGAAAAGUUGGGUAAAAGUAGAUUUGGAGACAGGUUACUAUGAGCCCUCCUAAAACCCUAUACUAUACAACUAGGUAAAUACACACACAGCACUUCAUUUGCAAUAUAUGCUAGCAGUUGGACUUAAAAAAAAGGGAAAUAAAGUUAGAUUUCUCUUACUGACUGGACAAAUGAAGCUCAGAUAGUGUAUUACAACUCACACACACACACACACACACACACACACACACACACACACACACACACACACACACACACACACACACACACACACACACAUGGUCAUUUCCUCCAGACAAUUCUCAGGUCAGCUCAUCUAUGCAAAUCUGAGUGUAGUGUCCAUCUCCAUAUGAAGAGAAAGUCCUUAACAUCAUCUUCCAUUUGUAACGUGUUAGGACGGAUAUAUUUUCUGGUAUAUAUAUAUAUAAUCCAAAGGUACAUUAUUAGUCUGUCUCCGCAAUUCAUGUUGAUAUUUCAAAUUCUUUAUCUAAGCAUUGUUAACACAAGUAGAAAUUAUAAGACAAAGUGUAGCAUAUAUAUAAAGCAUAAUAUAGAAAUUCUCUCUCUCUCUCUCUCUCUCUCUCUCUCUCUCUCUCUCUCUCUCUCUCU